AAAUUGUGUACCAUUUUCAAUUAGUACAUUUCCCUUAUUUUUGUUUAUGUUGGUAUGUUACGGGAGAACUUAUUUCAUAACAUGUUUAAUGAAACUCAACCGGAACUGAUACUGAAAGUGUUUGUUUCAUAAGACUAUUAAGAUAGCUGCACCAAUGUGUCACAUGCAAAAUGCUUCUGACAGGGAAAGGACAUUAAUUGUGAUGCUUACACAUAUGAUACAUAGCGUUUUUAAACGGAUAUUCUGACAGUGUCGAUAAUGGCUCGGGUUGUGAAAGUAUUUGUAACUCUGCGGAAUCAUUGGAAGAAGUCCACAGUCGCUGCGUGUGCCCUAUCAUACGGUGGACACUGGCUGUAUGGUAAACACUGCGAUAAUCUGCUGCGAAGAGAUGCUUGUCUGGCGGCCAGGGAAUUUGGACGUCAGCAGAUAUCACCCCAGGAACAGCUGAAGAAAGCCACAGUCAUUCUAAACCCAGCAGCUUGUAGGGGGAAAGCCAACAACUUAUUUGAGAAGAAUGCUGCGCCUAUAUUACACCUGGCUGGUAUGGAGGUAACGCUAGUAAAGACAGACUAUGAGGGCCAAGCAAAGAAAUUGAUGGAGCUGAUGGAGCAAACAGACAUGCUGAUUGUGGCUGGAGGGGAUGGCACUCUGCAGGAGGUUAUCACUGGCUUGCUGCGGAGGGCUGAUCACGAGUCGUUCAGUAAAACCCCCAUAGGAUUUAUCCCACUGGGCUCCCACAAUUCCCUGAGUGAGAGUCUGCACAUCCUCAGUGACAAUCAGGUGAAACACAUCACAUCAGCGACAUUGUCUAUCCUGCAAGGAGAAACGGUACCUCUGGAUGUGUUGCAGAUCAAGGGAGAGAAAGAACAGCCAGUGUUUGCCCUGAUUGGUCUACGGUGGGGGGCCUUCAGAGAUGUGGCUUCCACCAUCAAAAAAUAUUGGUACCUUGGCCCGUUGAAGAUAAAAGCAGCUCAUUGGUUCAGUACGUUGCGGGAAUGGCCCCAGGUUCACGAGGCCUCUGUGUCCUACAUAGCCCCGACCCUUCGCCCUCCUGACCUGCCGGAACAAAAGCCCCAGCGCCCCAACCUAAUGUACCGCAUUGCCCGCAGAUUGAAAAAUUACUGGUACCCACCUAUUCCAGAGUCUCCCAAAGUGGAGGAGCCAGAGAGGUGGGAUGAGAGAACGCUGUCUACUUUGGAGCUGUCAAUCCAAACUCAGAACAAAAACCCUGUCCAGACGCGUAUUGAUGACUCCCUGCUGGUGUGUGUGGAGCCGGACUCCUUCACUGUGGGAGAUUUUAUCACUGUUGGAGAGAUGAAAGCGGCAGACUCGACUGCAUUCACAAGACAAUCACUGAAGCUGGAGGCUAGUGCAUGUCGACUCAAUCUGCCCGAGGAAGGUGCUGGCUUCUACAACAUUGACAACGAGGAGUACGAGGCUAUGUCAGUGGAGGUGAGGCUGUUGCCACGGAAACUGCGCUUCUUCUGCAGCGCUGAACGCAGAGAGCAGCUCCUCACACAAGUCCUGUAAGGGAAGUGCUGCAGUGACAAUAUGCAGGACAGAGAAAUAGGGAGGAGGGUCAAGGCAAGGGGUCAUUAGUGGCUGUACUGGGACUCUACAGUAGAGGUAUCUGGAUGUGUUUUUCUAUAUUUCUGGAGUAUGUCCUUAAACAGCCAUAACACACAGCUGGACCAGGGUGGACCAGUCUACAGUGAGGUCUCAUUGUUACAGUACAUUGACAUGUUCAGUUGAAAUAUUUUCACAAUAUGAUGCAGUAACAAGGACCAAGCAUUUUGGUUGCUUUUUUCAAAACAAUUAGCUUAUAGAAGUCUGCCUGGCAGGACUAUUGGUGUAACUGACUGGCUUACUAUUGUAUAUUGUCAUGUAUUGCUAAAUGUGUAAUAAGAGUCUUAUUCAAUAAUUCAGUUGAUGCACACAGUUCUGUCACUUUUUAAUACCAAUGAAAAGUGCAGACUGUCCUCCAUGUACAGUACUCAAUGAUAAGAUGAUACAUUGGUAUGAGAAUCACUCUCCCUUGGCAACACUAUCACAAAUACAAUCCAACAAGUAUCAUAGAAAACCAAUGUUUUAUUGUUUUACAGUGGCAGUACUGUGUAAUGUCACCAGCUUGAAAACAAGAGUGGCUCAUGUGAUCAAGUUACUAAAUGUGUAUUCAUCACUAAAGUCUCUUUCCUUGUUUAAUAGUAGUACAGGUACUGGAUGUAGCUGUGUAGUUAACCAAUGUUUUAAAUAUAGGUUUACAUUACAGUUGCUGUGAUCAAGGAUUAACAGUUAGCUAUAUAAGUUGUUAAAGUACUUGAAGCAUAUUAGUGCCUCAGUAAUACAGAUGAAGCUUUCUGUUGACAUUCAGUGGGGUGACAUACUGUACAAAUAAAUUCAAAUGAGCCAAUGCUGGUACAGGUCUGAACAAUUUCCACAAAGAAGGCAUUUGAUACAUUUA